AUGGAUGUACUUCUGGUAAAAUUUUUCAUCCUUUGUUUUUUUUCGAUCAGUCUUUUUCAACUCUCGCAAGCAGGACACAGCGUUGAUGAAUGGAAAGAAAGAUCAAUAUAUCAAGUCAUUACCGAUAGGUUCUCUCUAAAUAAAGAUGCUCACGAAAGACUUCCUUGUGAUCCAGCUCGAUUUAUGUAUUGUGGAGGAACUUGGAAUGGAAUUCGAGAUCAUCUUGACUAUAUUCAAGACAUGGGCUUUGAUGCCAUAUGGAUAUCUCCUAUAUUCGAAAACGAAGAGGGAAAUAAGAUUGAUGGUUGGUCAUAUCAUGGAUACUGGACGAAAAAUCUGUAUGGCUUAAAUCACCAUUAUGGAACGAAAGAAGACUUCAAAAAUUUAGUAGAAGAGUUGCACAGAAGGGAUAUGUGGAUACUAUUGGAUAUAGCUAUAAAUUCGAUGGCUUUAAACGGACCCCUUGAGAAUAUAACGUUCGAUGGAGUGGUACCUUUUAACGAUGAGUCAUAUUUCCAUCCAUUUUGUUGGGUUGAUUAUGAACUGAAUGAUGUUGAAAUAGUUCAAAAUUGCUGGCUUGGAGAUGACAAUCUUGUUUUAGCAGAUUUGGAUACAGAAAAUCCCGUUAUUGUAGAAAUAUUGCAGAAAUGGCUUCGCAAUGUCGUAGAGGAAUAUGACAUAGAUGGAAUUCGUUUUGAUGCUACAAAGCAUGCUCCUGUGGAGUUCUGGUCAAAGAUGGCAGAAGCUGCUGGAGUAUUUACGAUUGGUGAAUAUUUUACGGGAUCGCCAAGUGAAGCCUGCGACUAUCAGAAUGCUGGUUUAGAUUCUUUUUUGAAUUUUCCUCUUUAUUGGCCGAUGACUUGGGCUUUUAACAAUACUGGUCUUCAAUGUGAAGCACUUGCGACGGUAAUUAAUCAAAUUCAUUCUCAAUGCCGAGAUGUGAAUGCAUUGGGAACGUUCAUCGGAAAUCACGACUUGCCUCGAAUUGCUCAUAAUAACACAGAUCAAGCCCGUGUCAUGAACGCAAUUAGCUUUGUCAUGAUGUGGGAUGGAAUUCCUAUUAUAUAUUAUGGAACGGAACAAAAUUUCAACACUUUUCAUGAUCCUUUUAACAGGGAAGCACUUUGGUUGUCUAAAUUCGACACGGGUAACGUGUACUAUAAAUUGAUUGGGGCCUUGAACCGUUUUCGAAAGUCAGUCCAGAAGAAAGACCCCGAAUACGUGAAUACCCAAUCUACCAUUCUAAAAGUGCAACUUCAUUAUAUGGUUAUCCAGAAGCAUAAAGUUAUCAGUGUUUUAGGGAAUUGGGGUGUUCACAGUCAAGAAGGCUUAACAAUUUUAUUCAUUCCAAUGGACGCUCAUCCGGGAGAUGUUUAUUACGAUGUUAUCAGCGACAAAACGUACAAGGUGGACCAGCAAGGAAAACUUAGUGUUGAAAUUUUCUUUGGAUUUCCUGUUAUAUUGUAUCCGCAAACACAGGGUGAAAUCCAUAUUCCUGAGUUUACCCCUACCCUAUUACCGGAGACUACAUUUAUUCCUAGUAUUACGAUUACAACUCAUUAUGUGGAACCCACCUACGACGUCCCUUUUGGUUAUGAUAUGCGCGAUCAUCCAGGAGGUCAACGAUUCUGGAAUUCCAUUGUUUCACAAAAGAGCUCCUCGCCUGAAAGUACUUCAGCCCCAGGGAAAGUAUUGCCCAUCCUUUUAUCUUUUUUCACCUUGCUCUUGCCUAUCUUUGUUCUCGCGUGA